AUGCUCGUCGUCAAGGAAAACCGUGCCGUUUCUCUCCAUGAUCUAACCGCAGCCAUCGCGUGCUUUCAGAACCUCUCCCACGUGCAUCUGAGCGACAACAGCGUUGAGAGCAUCGACGACGCCUUCCUCGCUCACCUCGCGUCGUCAUGCCCGACGCUCAUAUCGCUCCACGUGGGAAAGGGGAUUACUCCAAUGUGGGCCUGGGAUAGGGAGGACGAGCAUCCCGUGACCGAGGCCGGCUUGGACCAUUUCGUGCGCAGCUGCACUCAACUGCAGCACCUCUCGCUCUACUGCCUGCAUCGAUACGGGAAGCCACCUGCCUCUCUCUCGCUCCUCACGGACCUGCACACCCUGACUCUAACCCACAGCGCAGCUCUUCAAGCACCAGGAUUCACCAACCUGUGUUCUCUCGCCACUCUCUCGGUUGACAUCUCGGAGCAUGAUGAGGAGCUGGAUCUCACCACCCUCGUGCACCUCCCGGCCUUCGCCAACCUCUCUCUGUGCAGCGAAACAAAGCUCAAUCUCGAAGGCGAGAACGCCCACCCAGUCUCGUUCGCUCGGAUGGCUCACCUUGAAUCGCUGGAAUUCGACUACAACACUCCGCGAUUCAGCUUGCUGUUUUCGUCAGGAGUAACGUUUAGUCGUCUCGAGCGGCUUCUUCUCAGCGGUUGCGACAAGCUCGAGCGCCUUCCGGACGACAUCGGAGAGCGAAUGCCACGCCUUCGAGAUUUGACCAUCAGCUCAUGCCAUAAUCUACCGGAGCUGCCAGAUCACUUCACUUCCCUCCGCUGCCUCCAGAAGCUGACGAUUUCCUCGCUCGACCUGGCGAGCCUGCCUGCGAGCUUCGGAAAGCUGUCUGUUUUGAAGGACUUGACGCUGCACCGGCUGCCGAUCUUAGGCCUGCCGAACUCCUUCCACCAGCUCACGUCGCUGGAGGUUUUGAAUGUGCACGAUUGCCUCGCCAUGGUGGAGUUGGGGGCGAGCUUCGGCAGCCUCCACGCACUCAAGUCUCUCAGCAUCGCCAACUCGCCAAAGCUGUGUGCGCAGCUGGCAGAGCUCUCCAACUCCCUGCCACCGUCGCUCGAGGUGCUCAGCUUGGGGAGCGUCCAACAGCUCACCCCUCUUACAGAGCUUCCUGUGCUGCCUAGGCUGAGGCAUAUGAGCCUAACCAGUGUGGUCCUGCUGCGUGGGCUGGUCGGCACUGUGAGUCUGUCCUCCCUGGAGCACUUGGAGCUGGCGCUGGCAGGCGAGGCUGAGGAGCUGCCACUGUCCCUGGCGCUCUGCCCUAACCUGCGCACUCUCACCAUUCACACGGCUGCACGCUUGAAGGCCCUUCCGGAUGAUUUGGGUUCAGCCGUGCAGCAGCUGAGGCAGCUGCGCGUCGAGCGGGCUGGGGAGUUGAGAGCGCUGCCAGACUCUCUUGCCCACCUGCACUGCCUGACCUCCCUGCAAGUCCAUGCACCCAAGCUGCCUUCCCUGCCACACGGCAUCGGCGCCUUAUCCCGACUGCGCGUGUUGAACCUGGCCCGCUGCUCAUCGCUCACAUGCCUGCCUGCUUCUCUCACCCGCCUCUCCUGCCUGCAUGAGCUCAACCUUGGCUGGACCGCCAUACGCUCCCUGCCUUGCCGCUUUGCCCAGCUAAGCCGCCUCAAGACUCUUGACCUGCAAGUAUGCGAGCACUUGCAGUCGCUGCCUGAUGAUUUCACUCAGCUCAAGAUGUUGCAUAGGCUGAAUGUCAGGUGUGCCAAAGUGACUGCUGAGGAUGGAGGUGUGAGAGACAUGUAUGGAGUGAUGUUUUGGUAA